CAAUCAGAGUGCAGAUGCGGCUCUGUCCUCUCACAUGAACAUAGAGCUGGGAGCAGCAUGGACGGCAUAGAGGUGGAAGUGCGGGGACCCAGCGGCGCCUUCUACACGGGCUAUGUACAGGACGUUCACGAGGAGACUGUUAGUGUCGCGUUCCAGAACAACUCCCAGCCGGAGAGGCGUGUCCCCUUCUCCGAUGUGCGGCUGCCGCCCCCAGCCACCUGUACCAAGGAGAUAUCUGAGGGAGACCAAGUGGAGGUGUAUUCCCGCGCUAAUGAACAGGAGGCUUCUGGGUGGUGGUCGGCUCAUGUUCGGAUGAUUAAAGGGGAUUUUUAUGUGAUAGAAUAUUCCGUCUCCGACUCUCCGUACAAUGAGAUUGUCAGCCACAGUCGCCUGCGACCCCUCAAUCAGAAUGCGAUGGCCACAAGCGGAACAUUCUUCAAGUACAGCGUGCCGCUCCCCGAGGACCUCUGCACAAUUUCUGCUAACGUGGACGCUCACAGGGAGUUUAAGAAAGUGGUUGGAGCCGGCUGCGUCUUCCUGGACAAAACCGGAACGGAGCUGGUUAUCCUGUCUACAGACGAGACCGUCAUCAAACGCUCAUCACUCCUGAGUGACCUCCACCUGCGCGCUCUGCGGACCAAACUCCGUCUCAUCACUCAGAACGAGAGGGCGGCAAAGCAGCUGGAGGUCAGUAAGCAGAUCGCCGUUGCGUAUAGGGAGGAGUUCCAGGUGCGGGAAGAUCUAAUAGGACUCGCCAUUGGAGCUCAUGGGGCAAAUAUCCAGCAGGCGCGGAAGGUUCCCGGCGUUACAGCUAUAGAACUGGAUGAAGAGACGUUUACAUUCCGGGUGUAUGGCGAGACUCCGGAAGCCGUGCGGGCGGCCCGUGGAUUCCUGGAGUUUUCAGAGGGAUCAAUGCAAGUGCCCAGGUCCUUCGUGGGAAAAGUCAUUGGGAAGAAUGGGAACGUAAUCCAGGAUAUUGUGGAUAAAUCGGGGAUUGUCCGGGUGAGAGUGGAGGCCGACGGGGACAGGACGGAGCAGAAUGAAGAGGGGUUGGUGCCGUUCCUGUUUGUGGGAACUCAGGACAGUAUCAGUAACGCACUGGCGCUGCUGGAGUAUCAGAUCUCACACCUUCAGGACUUGGAGCAGCUGAGGUUGGAGCGCCUUCUCAUUGAGGGCCAGUUGAAGAGCGUCGGAGGAGGAUUACGGACAGUCUCCAGCAGGGAAGAGAAGGAUAAAGGAGGGGUACAGACGGACGGUGAUCCCGCCUCUGCCCCCAUUAUCCCUAGAGGCCGAAGAGGUCACGAUGCUCAUGGGCCCAGUAAUGUCACACAGAAUGGAGGUGGCAUGUCACAGCGACAGAGGGUGUCACGCCGGAGACAGACAGACCAGCAGGGGAAUGUUCCGGAUGUACAGGAAACGGGGCCCAGGAGGGAUCAGUGUCAGAACGGACAAGCAGAUCCUGUUACAAGAAACGAUUCUCUGAUAGUGAAGCCGGAUUCCAGAACAAGAGAGCCGCGGGGCAGCAGUGUAAAGGAAACUGUUGGAUGACAGAAGAUCGGAUCACAGACACUGGACAAUUUGGCAACAUCAAUCUGCUGACCUCAACUAAUGACAUAAUUAAAUAAUGUAUAAUUCUC